CAACCAUCAUCACCAUCACCCAUCAUCUACCAUCAUCACCCAUAAUCACCCAUAAUCACCAUCACCCAUCACCCAUCACCCAUCACCUAUCACCAUCACCCAUCACCCAUCACCUAUCAUCACCCAUCAUCACCCAUCACCUAUCAUCACCCAUCAUCACCCAUCAUCACCUGUCAUCACCCAUCAUCACCCAUCAUCACCCAUCAUCACCCAUCAUCACCAUCAACCAUCAUCACCAUCACCCAUCAUCUACCAUCAUCACCCAUCAUCACCCGUAAUCACCAUCACCCAUCACCCAUCACCUAUCACCAUCACCCAUCACCCAUCACCUAUCAUCACCCAUCAUCACCCAUCACCUAUCAUCACCCAUCAUCACCCAUCAUCACCUGGCAUCACCCAUCAUCACCCAUCAUCACCAUCACUUAGUACCCAUCACCCAUCACCUAACAGCACCCAUCAUCACCCAUCAUCACCAUCACUCAGUACCCAUCACCAUCACCUAACAGCACCCAUCAUCACCCAUCAUCAUCCAUCACCCAUCACCCAUCGUCACCCAUCAUCACCAUCACUCAGUACCCAUCACCCAUCACCUAUCAUCACCCAUCAUCACCCAUCAUCACCCAUCAUCACCCAUCAUCAACCAUCAUCACCAUCACCCAUUACCCAUCACCCAUCACCUAACAGCACCCAUCAUCAUCCAUCAUCACCCAUCAUCACCCAUCAUCACCCAUCAUCACCCAUCAUCACCCAUCAUCACCCAUCACCCAUCAUCACCCAUCACGCAUCACUCAUCACCCGUCAUCGCCCAUCAUCACCCAUCAUCACCCAUCAUCGCCCAUCAUCACCAUCACCCAUUACCCAUCACCCAUCACCUAACAGCACCCAUCAUCAUCCAUCACCCAUCAUCACCCAUCACCCAUCAUCACCCAUCAUCACCCAUCAUCACCCAUCACCCAUCAUCACCCAUCACGCAUCACUCAUCACCCGUCAUCGCCCAUCAUCACCCAUCAUCACCCAUCAUCGCCCAUCAUCACCAUCACCCAUUACCCAUCACCCAUCACCUAACAGCACCCAUCAUCAUCCAUCACCCAUCAUCACCCAUCACCCAUCAUCACCCAUCAUCACCCAUCAUCACCCAUCAUCACCCAUCACCCAUCAUCACCCAUCACGCAUCACUCAUCACCCCACCCAUCAUCAUCCAUCACCCAUCAUCACCCAUCAUCACCCAUCAUCACCCAUCACCCAUCAUCACCCAUCACGCAUCACUCAUCACCCAUCAUCACCCAUCAUCACCCAUCGUCACACAUCACCCAUCACCCGUCAUCACCCAUCAUCACACAUCACCCAUCACCCGUCAUCACCCAUCACCCAUCAUCACGCAUCACCCAUCAACCAUCAUCACCCAUCACCCAUCAUCACCCAUCAUCACCCAUCACCCAUCACCCAUCACCACCCAUCAUCACCCAUCACCCAUCACUCAUCACCCAUCAUCGCCCAUCAUCACACAUCACCCAUCACCCGUCAUCACCCAUCACCCAUCAUCACGCAUCACCCAUCAACCAUCAUCACCCAUCACCCAUCAUCACCCAUCAAGCAUCAUCACCCAUCAUCACCAUCACCCAUUACCCAUCACCCAUCACCUAACAGCACCCAUCAUCAUCCAUCACCCAUCAUCACCCAUCAUCACCCAUCAUCACCCAUCAUCACCCAUCACCCAUCAUUACCCAUCACGCAUCACUCAUCACCCAUCAUCACCCAUCAUCACCCAUCGUCACACAUCACCCAUCACCCGUCAUCACCCAUCAUCACACAUCACCCAUCACCCGUCAUCACCCAUCACCCAUCAUCACGCAUCACCCAUCAACCAUCAUCACCCAUCACCCAUCAUCACCCAUCACCCAUCACCCAUCAUCACCCAUCACCCAUCAUCACCCAUCAUCACCCAUCACCCAUCACCCAUCACCACCCAUCAUCACCCAUCACCCAUCACUCAUCACCCAUCAUCGCCCAUCAUCACACAUCACCCAUCACCCGUCAUCACCCAUCACCCAUCAUCACGCAUCACCCAUCAACCAUCAUCACCCAUCACCCAUCAUCACCCAUCACCCAUCAUCACCCAUCAUCACCCAUCACCCAUCACCCAUCAUCACCCAUCAUCACCCAUCAUCACCCAUCACCCAUCACCCAUCAUCACCCAUCACCCAUCACCCAUCAUCAUCCAUCAUCACCCAUCACCCAUCACCCAUCAUCUCCCAUCAUCACACAUCACCCAACCCCCACCAUCACCCAUCACCCAUCACGCAUCACCCAUCACCCAUCACCCAUCAUCACCCAUCACCCGUCACCCAUCACCCAUCACCCAUCAUCACCCAUCAUCACCCAUCGUCACCAAUCACCUGUCAUCACCCAUCCUCACCCAUCAUCACCCAUCACCCAUCACCCAUCAUCACCCAUCACCCAUCACCCAUCAUCACCCAUCAUCACCCAUCACCCAUCACCCAUCAUCCAUCACCCAUCACCCAUCACCCAUCAUCACCCAUCAUCACCCAUCACCCAUCAUCAUCCAUCAUCACCCAUCACCCAUCAUCGCCCAUCAUCACACAUCACCCAACCCCCACCAUCACCCAUCACGCAUCACCCAUCACCCAUCACCCAUUAUCACCCAUCACCCAUCAUCACCCAUCAUCACCCAUCACCCAUCACCCAUCACCCAUCAUCACCCAUCACGCAUCACCCAUCACCCAUCACCCAUCAUCACCCAUGGUAAGGUGAGAGAGCGGUGGAGGAGAAGGGGAGUCUGGAACCUUUCACUCAUCCCAAGGUUAGUUGAGUGAGGCGCCAGCAACCAUCACUGUAAGAUGAGUGAGAGGGGAGGAGUUGGGUACUUGAAACCCCCCAGGGAAAGUUGAGUGAGAGGGGAGAUGUUGGGGGAAUGAAACCCCCAGGGGCAAGGGCUGUAGUAGCGUAGUGAUAGGUGUCUCUCUCCUUGCGGCACGGGCGCAGCUCUUCCUUUUCGUACCCAAUUCUCGAGAGGCCUCGCGACAGUUAGGGCUAUUUAUGCAUGUUGUGUCAUUGUCAUCCUCGACUGACUUUUUCUGUUAGUGACUGUCGUUACCAAGCUUCCACCCCGUGCAAUAUACGUCAGGCUGGCGUGACGACUAUCGAUUAGGGAUGAUAAUGAAACAGGAUUAAAGUCUCAAUAAUGCGUUUCUCCGAAGCAGAGCGCGGCCUUCGGCGGACCGAAGCAAAUACCUAAUGGAAGGACUCACCGGCAAACACGUCGACGAGAACGGCGGGGCUUUCAAGCGCGUCGAAACCGCCGGUAAAGACCCGGCAGUGGUUGCUCUUGAGCAUCCUCAAAGGUUGCUCGCGAAUGGCGCGGAAGCAGCACGAGGAUGGGGAGGUGGGGGGAAAGGGAAUGACGAUCCUCCGCCCGCGCUGCUCCGCCCCCGUGCGCCGUUUCCGCUUCCGCUCCCCCUUCCGCCCGGAUCUAAUCGCGACGCCGCGGAGACGUGGCUCCGCCACGCCGUGACGUCAUGCUUGCGGCAGCUGUGCCGCGUAACGCCCGGCGCGCUUGUCCCUGCGAUCCCGUUUCUCGAGACGCUCUGCGUGAGAUGGCUGCUGCACGACGCGUGGCAGCUCGCCAUUGGCCAGCAGCGGCUUCAGCUCGGCGGUGGCGUUGGCGCAGCGGAGAAUGCGGGCAGCUAUUUUAGCGAGGCGGAGCCCAUCCGCCCAGUCAUUGCGCGCAUCAAGGAGCAGAUCGCUGCAGCGAAGCGCCGCCAGCACCAGCACCAGCACCAGCAGCAGCAGCAGCAGCAGCAGCAGCAGCAGCAGCACCAAGGAGCGGAUGGGUACUGGUCCGAGGGCAAGCAAGAGGAGCAGGAGGAGGAGGAGCGGGAGGAGGAGCGGCGUGGGCUGUCCGGCGCGAGUUUCUUUCUCUUGGGAGCGGGGUGCGGUGGCGAGGAGGCAGAGAGCGGCGAGUGGCAGCGGGUGGUGGCGGCAGCGGUGGCGGGUGAGGUGCAUGCUGCUGUGAUCGAGGUCGACUCCACGCUGCUCUGCUCGCUCUCGGAAUUGCUGCUCCACGCACCACCCGACCUCUCAACCACCAGCACCAAUACCAGCAGCACCACCAAUAACAGCACCAACACCAGCAGCAGCACCACAGCGACCACUGGAAUCUCACGGGCCGUUUCGCCAACAUCAGCUACAACAGCCACUGAAGCCAGGGAAGCAAUAGAUGCAGCGGCAACCAGCUCGACCACGUCGUUCGACUCGCCCCCCUCCUCCGCGUCCACCUCCCCGUUCCUCUCCGCGUGCCCCUCAUCCCCCGCCUCCGUCCCAACCUCCAUUUCGCCUCCUCCGCUCCAUCUGUCGUCUCCAAACGACGCACCAGGGCUGCGCGCGUCAGUGGGAGAAGCCUGGCGCCGUGGCACCACCAGCGGCAGCAGCAGCCGGAGCAGCAGCAGCAGUGGCAGACGGAGAGGCGGCAGCAGCAGCAGCAGCAGUGGAAGCGGGAGCAGCAGCAGUGCGAGCGGGGGAAUGAGGGCGGUGGUGGCGUGGGCGGUGCCGGAGCUGCUGUGUGUGCCAUGGGUGCACGCCGUGCUGCGCGCCAUAGACAGAGCCAGGGCCGGCAGACACCUGCUGCUCGCACGCAUGCUGCUCGCCAUGUGCCGCCAGGUGGCGGAGCAGCGCCCCGUGGUUCUGUUCCUCCCGCAGGCCCACCUUCUCUCACACGCCCACUCCGAGUUCCUCCUUGCGCUCCACAUCGCCUCCCAAGAAAUGACCACGUCGUCCCCGUGGCCCGUCUUCCUACUUGCCACAACACCCAUGCCACUCCACGGGCCGUCACUCACCCACCACCACCACCACCACCACCACCACCACCACCACCACCACCGCGAGCAGCAGCGCCAGGCAGAGGACGGUCAGGUGUCUCUGUGGGCCGCCCUGGCGUCUCUGCUUCCCCACGUGCCUCUGCUAGCACGGCACGCACUCAAGGGCGCAUCACCGGGCCAAUCGGCGCACAGCACAGGUGUCCUUUCGCCCACCGUCUCUCACCUGCUCUCCUCUCUCCUCCGAGUGUGCAUCCGCCUCUUCUUCCUCCCCCUCCUCUCUCUCAUUCGCCUCGCGAAGUCGGUCAAGCUCCUCCCAUCUACACCUCCCCAGCCCGCUGUGCUCUUUCCGCCAGCCAAUGUGCUGUCUGUGGACGUGCCUCUGCUAUUCGACCCCUUGGGGCAGGAGAGGGCUGUGCUCAAAGAGAGGGAUGAGGAAGAGGAGGGAGGGAAGCUGGGAAAGAAGAGGGGGGAAGACGACAGAACUGCGGUGAGGGAAGAGGAAGCGGAGAGAAACAGAGGAAAACAGAGAGAUGAAGUGAAGGGAAUGAGGGAAGGAUCUGUGGAUCCACCAGAGGUAUUGGCGCUGCGUAUGGCAUGGGAGGGGCAGGUGAGGGAGCUCCAGGGCAGGCUACAGGAGGUGCAGGCACAGCUGCUGGCGCUGGAAGGGCAACUGCAGCUGGAGCAGACAUGGCGGGAGGACCUGGUGCGCAGGGGCGAGAUGUGGGAGCAGACGGCCGAGAGGGAGGCGAGGCGGAGAGAGGAGGCUGAGGGCAGGGAGAGGGAGGUGAGGGGGGAGAUGGAAGGGGAGAGGGAGAGGAGGAGGGCGGCGGAGGGGAAGGUAAAUUGGUUGAGUGAGGAAGUGAGGAGGAUGGAGGGGAGUUUGGAGAGGGCGGAGAGGGAGGUGAGGAGGGUGAUGGAGGAGGGGAGAGAGAAGGAGGUGGAGUUGAGGGAGGUGAGGGAGGAGGUGAGAGUGUGGAGGGAAAGGGAGGGUGAGUGGAGGAGAGCGAGGGAGGAGGAGGCACGGAAGUUACAGGAGGAGAUAGCGGUGAAGGAAAGGCAGAGAGAGGAGGAAGAGCGCGAGGCAGGGAGGAGAGAGAAGGACCUGGAGAGCAGGGUUAGGGAUGCAGAGAGAGAAGCAAGGGAGAUGAGAAGCCGGGUGCAAGAGGAAGAGCAGAGGAGGGAGGAGGGGUUGCAGGAGAGAGCGGUUCUGGGCGAAAAAUUGAGGGAAGCAGAAGAGAAGGCGAAGCAAGUGGAAGUGCUGACAGCACGGUUGAGUGAAGCAGAGGCGCAGGGGGCGGAGGUGGAGGCGUUGAGAGAGGGACUGCGGGCAGCAGAGGCACGGGUAGGGGAGAUGGAAGUAGUUGUGAGAGAGAGUGGAGAGAGAGUGAGGGAGGCAGAGAGGGUGAGUACGGAGAAAGGGGAGGAGUUGGAGGAAAGCCUGGCUGCUGCUGUGGCCAGAGUGGGGGAGUUGGAAGCGGAGGUCCAGGUGAGUGGGGAGAGAGUGAGGGAGGCCGAGAGGGCGAAUACAGAGAGGGGGAAGGAGUUGGAUCAUCUAGAGGAAAGCCUGUCUGCUGCUAUGUCAAGAGUGGGGGAGUUGGAAGGGGAGGUCCAGGUGAGUGGGGGGAGGGUGAGAGAGAGGGAUGGGAAGGUGAAGGCACUUGAAGAGAUGGUGAGAGAGUGUGAGGGACGAGUGAGAGAGAGGGAGGAGAGGUUGAAACUCGCAGAGGGGGCGUUGGAAGUGGUAAAGGGGGAGUUGGAAGUGGUGGAGAGGAGGAGGAGGGAGGUGGAAGAGCAGUUGAGGGAGCUGGAAGAAAUGAGAGAGGAAGCAUGGGUGCGAGAGGAGGAGUGGAGGAAGAAAGAGGAGGGGUGGCUUGGGGAAAAGAAGAAGUGGAAGGGGAGAGAGGAUGAGUGGAGGGGAUUUGAGGCAGGGUGGAGGAAGAAAGAGGAAGAGCUGCGUUUGGUGGUGGAAGAAGAACGGGGGGUGGUGGAUAAGCUGAAGAGGAGAGAGCGAGAGGUGCAGCUGCAGAGGGCGACAUGGGAGGAGGGGCAGAGGGAGAGGGAGAGAGAGGAAGAGGCUCGCUGGCAAGCUGAGGUGGGCAGGAGGGAGGAGGCUGAGAGGCAGGUGGCUGGGCUGAAGGCACGGGUGCAGGAGGAAGCAGAGAGAGUGAGAAACGCGGUGGUGGACGCAGAAGGGGGGAGAACGAGACUGUUAGAGGUGGAAGAGAUGGUGAGGGAUGCAGAGAAGAGGGUGGCCGAGGCAGUAGAGAGGGGUGAGAGGAUGGAGAGGAAAGUGAGGGAGAUGCAGGAGAGGAGGGAGGAGGUGGAGGGGGAAUUGGAGGGGCUGAGGAGGAUGGUGUGGUGGGUGAUGGUGAGUGUGGGGGUGGCAGUGGGGGAAGGUGAGCUGCAGAGCGGGGGCGGCCUACAGGAAGGGUUGGAGCAGAUGGCAUGGCGGUGGAAGGAGGAGGUGCGGACGAGGAGGGCGGAGGUGGUUGAAGUGCAGCGGGCGCGUGAGGAGGAGAGGAGUGUGAUGCAGGAGGAGGGAGAGAAGAGGGCCAAGGCGUGGCGGGAGGAGGAGGCAGCGUGCAAGCGAGAGGUGAGGGAGCUGCAGGCGAAGGUGGAGGAGAUGGGCGAGAUGGUGGGAGUGAUGAGGAGAGAUGUGGAGGAGGCUAGGCGGGUGGCCGAGGGGGAGAAGGGGAGGAGAGAGGCGGUGGAGGCCCAGGCGCGGGUACUACUGGAGAAGGUGGAACUGAUGAGGCAGAGGCGGGCGGCAGGGAAGAAAAGGCAACAAGAGGGGAAGGCUGCAUCUGGGGAAGGGGCAGUGGGAGAAGCCAGUGGGGUUGAGGAUUCACCCGGGAAAGGUGGAGGGGGUGGGGGAGGGGGCAAGAGGCGGUGGCGGGAGGAGGUGGCGGUGCUGCUGGGGCGAGUGGAGCAGGUGGCGCGGGAGAGGGAGGAGGCGGAGCGGGCGUGGGUGGGGCGCAUGGCGGCAGUGGAGCUGCGCAACGUGGUCAUGGGUGAGGAGCUGGCCGCCGUGCAGCGCGAAAGAGACGCCCUGCUUAACACCCUCAUGAGCUCCGCUGGUGCUGCUCCUGGUGGGGGUGCUGGUGGUGUUUCGCGCGGUGCAUCUCCGGGCGUCCUGCGUCCAGCAUCCUCCUCCUCCUCGUCUGCGCUCUCCGUAUUGCCUUCUCCCAUCCGCGCCCCUGCCUUCUCCCGUGUGCUGCCAGCUCGACUGUUUUACGCUGACGAUGGGUCGCUUGUGUACACAGAUGCUGCAGACUCCCCUGCUGCCCCUGUUGCUGCUACUGCUAGUGCUGCUGGUGGCAGUGGUGAGGGGGCUGCGAGUGGAGAGGGGGAUGGGGGUAUGCUUGGAGUGAGUCGUAUGCUUGGAGUGAGUCGCAGCAUGAGCAGUGGGGCGUGGAGAGGGAGGAGAGGGGGGGUUGCAUCCGCAUCAUCAUCACCAGCACCAGCACCAGCAGCAGCACCAGAUGGGCUUGGGGCGCGGUGGAGCAGCCUAGCCACGGUCUGGCCCUUGGAGUGAUUGCAGGGUGUCAGAGAGAGCUCUAGUACUGGGAUAGAAGAUGCUGGCACUGAGCAGGUGGUGUUUCAGGUAUUGGCCCCUGCAACUCGUGUACCUGUCCAUGCGCCUCACCUGCUUCCUCUCCUCCAUGUGCCUCACCUGGCAUCUACUGUAAGACAUGCAGUUUGUCACACGAGUCGAUGCAUUGCAAACGGCCACCUUCCUUUGAGGAGAGAGUAUCCAACCAGGGUGCGGUUGUCAACUUAUACAUAUUAUCUAUGUAGAAGUUAUAGGCUAGACUGAGGUAUGCUUCUAGUGAGUACAACCAACUAGUAUUUGUUCUAG